AUUAUUAACAGAUAAAAAAACACGUGGAGAAAGACGAGGUUAUGCAUCAUUCAAUUGAUGCAUUAUACAUGUGAAAAAACAUUUGCAUGAAGAAAUAUAAAAAGAUAAUAAAAAUAUAUGUUUUUAUUAUCCUGUGAUAUUUAAUUUUUAAAUUAUGGAUAUUAUAAGAUUUUACAAAAUACCUGGUCUCAAAUCAGGCCAACUUAAAAGCAAAUUUAAUGAUAUUAUUCAAAUAACAAAUCAAAUUAAUAGUCUAGAAACUGAAUUUUGUUACUAUGUUGAAAUUAAGGAACAUUUAACUGAAGAAGAACUAAAAGUAUUAAAAUGGAUUUUAAGUCCACCUUUAGAAUCACAUAAUUUAAAGAGUUUCAGUACAUUUAAUGAAAAAUUAAACAAUUGUCUUAUUAUUGAAAUUGGUCCAAGAUUGAAUUUUUCUACAGCAUUCUCUAGCAAUGCUGUAUCAAUUUGUAAAUCUGUAAAUUUAAACAAAAUAACAAGAAUUGAAGUAACAACUAGAUAUUAUAUUAAACAUAAUGGAAUAAUUGAUAAGAAAAUUGAAGAUACUAUAGCAGAUGUAUUACAUGAUAAAAUGACUGAAUAUAAAUAUAUGAAACCAAUAAAAACAUUUGAUCAUGGAUUUCGACCAGAAAAUUGGUUUGAAGUUGAUGUUUUAAAAGAAGGAAGAAUAGCAUUAGAAAAAGUAAAUUCAAAAUUAGGUUUAGCAUUUGAUAAUUGGGAUUUAGAUUUUUACACAGAUUUAUUUCUUAACAAAUUGAAGCGCAAUCCAACUAGUGUUGAAUGUUUUGAUUUAGCACAAUCAAAUAGUGAACAUAGUCGACAUUGGUUCUUUAAAGGUAGAAUAAUUAUUGAUGGUGAAGAAAUGAAAGAAUCUUUAAUUGAUAUGAUCAUAAAAACACAAAAAUACUCCAAUACAAACAAUACAAUUAAAUUUAGUGAUAAUAGUAGUGCAAUUAAGGGAUAUCAAAUAAAAGUUCUACGACCAAAUAAGACUUACACAUGCAGUCCUUUUCAUUUAGAAAAUGUAGAUCAGGAUUUGAUAUUCACAGCAGAGACUCACAAUUUUCCAACAGGAGUUGCUCCAUUUAGUGGGGCUGCAACUGGAACUGGAGGAAGAUUGAGAGAUAUUCAAGGAAUUGGUAGGGGAGGAUAUUACAUUGCAGGAACAGUUGGUUAUUCUAUUGGUAAUUUGCAUAUUCCAGAAUACAAUUUACCAUGGGAAGAAGAAAACAUACCAUAUCCCAGUAAUAUGGCUUCUCCAUUAGAAAUUUUAAUUCAAGCUAGCAAUGGAGCAUCUGAUUAUGGCAAUAAAUUUGGAGAACCUAUCAUAUGUGGCUUUACUCGUUCAUUUGGUAUGACAGAUGAAAUUGGUGUACGACGCGAAUGGAUUAAACCUAUAAUGUUUAGUGGAGGAUUGGGUACAAUGGAUGCAAAUAUGUCUCAAAAAGUUUUACCACAAAAGGGUAUGGAAGUCAUUAAAAUUGGUGGUCCUGUUUAUAGAAUUGGUGUGGGAGGUGGUUCAGCUAGUUCAAUUGAGGUACAAGGUGAUAAUAAAAUGGAAUUAGAUUUCGGAGCUGUACAAAGAGGUGAUCCUGAAAUGGAACAAAAAUUGAAUAGAGUUAUUCGUGCUUGCAUUGAAAUGGGAGAAAAGAAUCCAAUACUCAGUAUACAUGACCAAGGAGCUGGAGGCAAUGGCAAUGUUUUAAAAGAAUUAGUAGAACCCGCGGGUGCAGUGAUCUUUGCGAAGAAAUUUGAAUUAGGUGAUCCAAGCAUCAGUAUUUUAGAAUUAUGGGGCGCUGAAUAUCAAGAAAAUGAUGCUAUACUUUGUAAAUCAGAAAAUAGUAACUUACUUAAAGAAAUAGCAAUGCGAGAAAAAUGUCCUAUUAAUUUUGUAGGCAUUAUUACAGGAAAUGGCAAAAUUAUUCUUUCAGAAGAAAAUGAUUGUGAUUCUUCGAAAUAUCUAAAUGAGAAUUAUGAGUACAAAAUAAGACAUCCAGUUGAUUUAGAUUUAGAACUAGUACUAGGAAAAAUGCCCCAAAAGACUUUUAAGCUUCUGAGACAAAUAACCCAAUUACCUACUAUUAAAAUACCAACAAAUUUAACUGUACAAGCUGCUUUAGAAAGAGUUUUACGGUUGCCUUCGGUAGCAAGUAAACGGUAUUUAACUAAUAAAGUUGAUCGUUGUGUUACUGGAUUAAUUGCACAACAACAGUGUGUUGGUCCUCUACAUACUCCUCUUGCUAAUGUUGCUGUAACAGCAAUUUCUCAUUUUUCUACUGUUGGUAUUGCAACUUCUAUUGGAGAACAACCAAUAAAAGGUCUUAUAAAUUCAGCUGCUGGAGCUCGCAUGACUGUAGCAGAAGCAUUGACCAAUUUAGUUUUUGCACGUAUUUCAAAUAUACAGGAUAUUAAAUGUAGUGGAAAUUGGAUGUGGGCUGCAAAAUUGCCAGGAGAAGGUGCUGCUUUGUAUGAUGCAUGUUCCGCUAUGUGUUCAAUUAUGAAUGAAUUAGGAAUCGCAGUUGAUGGAGGAAAAGAUUCUCUUAGUAUGGCUGCGCGAAUUGGAAAAGACAUCGUUAAAGCACCGGGCACACUUGUAGUUUCUUGCUAUGCUCCUUGCCCUAAUAUCCAACAAGUAGUAACACCUGAUUUAAAAGCUCCUGCAAUUGGUAAAAAUGGUUAUAUAUUAUUUGUAGAUUUAUCAAAUGGAAAAAAUCGAAUUGGUGGUACCGCUUUGGCUCAAGUUUAUAAAUCUCUUGGAAAUGAAGUUCCGGAUAUAGAACGAGUUGAUAUAUUAAAAAAUGCUUUUAAAGCUAUUCAACUUUUAAUUGCAGAGGAAAAAAUAUUGGCAGGACAUGACAUUAGCGAUGGUGGACUUAUUACUUGUCUUCUUGAAAUGUGUUUUGCUGGUAUAUCUGGAAUAAAUGUGAAUAUUUUACACAAAACAGGAUCUCCCAUUGAAAUUUUAUUUACUGAAGAAAUAGGAUGGAUAUUAGAAAUUGAUCAAAUAAAUCAUAAUUACAUUUUGAAUGUAUUCAAACAAUUCAAUGUUCCUGUAUAUCUAAUUGGGCGAUCAGAAGGAUUUGGAUUAUCAUCAAAAAUAAAAAUUCAAGUACAAGAAAAACUUGUUGUGGAUUCAACAGUGUUAUCAUUGAUGACUUUAUGGGAAGAAACUAGUUAUCAAUUAGAACGUCGACAAACUAAUAUUGAAUGUGCAUUUGAAGAAUUCAAUGGAAUAAAAGAUAGAACUGCACCAACUUAUAAAUUAUCAUUUAAUCCUGAUAUUAGACCUAUUGCAAUUUACAAAAAUUUAUCUUCAAAGAUUGCAGUUGUUGUCUUAAGAGAAGAAGGUAUAAAUGGUGAUAGAGAAAUGGCAGCAUCUUUGAUGGAAGCUGGUUUUGAAGUCUGGGAUGUAACAAUGCAAGACUUUUUACAAAAUAAAAUCACAUUUGAUAGAUUUAGAGGUGUUAUAUUCCCUGGUGGUUUUAGUUAUGCAGAUGUUUUGGGUUCUGCUAAAGGAUGGGCUGCCAGUCUUUUAUUUAAUCCAUCUCUUCAAAAACAAUUAAAAGCAUUUAUUUCUCGAAAAGAUAUAUUUAGUUUAGGAGUUUGUAAUGGAUGUCAAUUGAUGUCUUUGUUAGGAUGGAGGAACGAAAACAACAAUACUAAAGAAUUAGAUAUCUUUCUAAAUCAUAAUAUAUCAGAAAGAUUUGAAUGUCGAUGGAGUACUAUCAAAAUUGAUAAAUCACCAUCAAUCAUGUUAAAUGGAAUGGAAAAUAGUAUUUUAGGUGUAUGGGUUGCUCAUGGUGAAGGAAGGUUUACAUUCAGAAAUGAUGAAGUUUUACAAAAACUAAAAAAAAAUCAUUGCUUGGCUAUUAGGUAUACUGAUGAUUUUGGUAAUCCAACUGAAAAAUAUCCAUUUAAUCCUAAUGGAAGUAUAGAAGGUAUUGCUGGUAUUUGCUCAAUGGAUGGAAGACAUUUAGCAUUGAUGCCACACCCUGAACGGUGUUCACAAAUAUGGCAAUGGCCUUGGAAACCUUAUAAUUGGAAAUAUACUAUUUCGCCAUGGCAACGUAUUUUUGAUAAUGCUUAUGCAUGGUGUAUGACAAAAAACUGAUUCUAUGAUUUUUUAUAUUUUUCAUUAUUGCAAUUGAUAUGUAAAUGUAAAUACAAUCAUAUAUUUUUUAAUAACUAUAUAACAUUAUUUAACAAA